GUUCCGCUCCGCGCUCUCCCCGCCGCGGCCCGGCCCCAGCCGCCGGGGCCCGGCCCAGCACCGCGGGGCCAUGGCCGAGUGGGCGCCCGCCCAGGUGCAGGAGUGGAACGUAGAAGCCCCCCACCUGAUGCCGCUGCAGCCGCCGCUGCUGCCGGAGCGGGCGCACGUGCGGGAGGCACAGCUCCACUCCGCCGAGGCUUCGCUCUGGACCGUGGUGGCCACGGUGCAGGCGAUGGAGAGGAAGAUCGACCUCCUCGCCACCCGCCUGCUCAGCCUGGAGGGUCGGUCCGGCACGGCCGAGAAGAAGCUCCUGGACUGCGAGAAGACGGCCAUGGAGUUCGGGAACCAGCUGGAGAGCAAAUGGGCCGUGCUGGGCACCCUCAUCCAGGAGUACGGGCUGCUCCAGCGGCGCCUGGAGAACGUGGAGAACCUGCUGAAGAACAGGAACUUCUGGGUGCUGCGGCUGCCCCCCGGUCCCCGGGGCGAGGUCCCCAAGGUGCCGGUGACAUUUGUUGACAUUGCCGUCUACUUCUCGGCAGAGGAGUGGAAGAAUUUGGAGGAGUGGCAGAAAGAGCUGUACAAUAACCUGGUGAAGGAGAACUAUGAGUCUUUGAUCUCCCUGGACGGUGCCCUCUCCAGAAGCGAGGCGCAGCCCCGCAGCGAGCGCGGGGAGGGUCCCUGCGUCCCCGAGCAGAGGGAGCUGGAGCAGAGGGACCUGCCGCCGGACGCCUGCGCGGAGUCGCUGAUCUCCACCUCCGACAUCCUGUCCCGGAUCAAGCAGGAGGUGGCCUUCGUGGGCGAGCAGCAGUUCGCGGAGGAGCGGGCGAUGCCGGCGGACCCCUGCGCGGGCGCGGACGCCCUGAUCACGGCGCACGACUUCUUGUCGUGGAUCAAGCAGGAGGAAGAGCCCUGCGUCCGCGAGCCCUGGGAGCUGCCGGAGAGGGAGAUGCUGACGGGUCCCGGUCCCGCCGGCGAAGGGCUGCUGGUGAAGACGGAGGAGCGGUGCCCCCACGCCGAGCCCCCCGAGGAGGUGGGUUUGCCAGGCGGCUCCGGGGAGCUGCUCUUCCCCGGCGCGGGCUUCGGCAGCCCCGAGGGACAGGCAGCGGCGACGACGGCGGCGGCUCUGCCGGCACAGCACAGACUGGGCAGGGCCCCAGGCUCGGAAGCGGGGGCCGAGGCGGCGGGGGUCCCCACCGCCCCGCCGGGCCCCGCCGAGGAGCGGCCGCACGGCUGCGCCGAGUGCGGGAAGAGCUUCAGCGGGAAGAAAAGCCUGCGGAUCCACCAGCGGAGCCACGCGGCCGAGCGGCCCUACCCCUGCGCCGAGUGCGGCAAGAGCUUCAACUGCCACUCGGGGCUGGUGCGGCACCAGAUGAUCCACCGCGGCGAGAGGCCCUACAAGUGCGCCGAGUGCGGGAAGUGCUACAGCCGCAAGGAACACCUGCAGAACCACCAGCGGCUGCACACCGGCGAGCGGCCCUUCGCCUGCGCCGCCUGCGGCAAGAGCUUCAUCCGCAAGCAGAACCUGCUCAAGCACCAGCGCAUCCACACCGGCGAGCGGCCCUACCAGUGCCCGGCGUGCGGGCGCAGCUUCCGCUACAAGGAAUCCCUCAAGGAUCAUCAGCGGGUCCACGGGGCCGAGGCGGGGCCCCCCCCGCUGCCCCCCCCCGGCAUCAUGCCCCCCGGGGCGUCGCCGCCGCCGCCGCUCCCAGCGUGCGCCGCGCCCUCGGCAUGGCCGCUCUGCCCCGCCGCUGCUGAGGAGGCGCCGCUGCCGCCGCCCGCUCCGCUCCGCCGCCGCCCCCCCCCGCCGCCGCCCGCCGCGCCCCACAGGGCCAUGGCCGACUGGGCCCCCGCUCAGGACCUGGAGUGGGACAUGGAGUCCCAGGAGCUGGCCCUGGAGCAGCCCCUGCCCGCCCCCGAGCAGGGCCCGGCCGGGGAGGCCGAGCUGCCGGCCGCCGAAAUCUCCCUGACGCUUGUCACCGAGAUCCAGGCCGUGGACAGGAAGGUGGACGCCCAGGCCGCCCAGCUGAUGAACCUAGAGGGGAGGAUGAGGAUGGCGGAAACCAAGCUGAUCGGCUGCGAGAAGACGGCGGUGGAGUUCGGGAACCAGCUGGAGAGCAAGUGGACCGCGCUCGGCACCCUCAUCCAGGAGUACGGGCAGCUCCAGAAGAGGCUGGAGAACAUGGAGAACCUGCUGAAGAACAGGAACUUCUGGAUCCUGCGGCUGCCCCCGGGGGCGAAGGGGGAAGUCCCCAAGGUCCCUGUGGCGUUCAACGAUGCUUCGUUUAACUUCUCUGAGGAGGAGUGGAAGAGCUUGAACGAGUGGCAGAAAGAGCUUUACAGGCAUAUCAUGAAAGGCAACUACGAGGCCGUCAUCUCGAUGGAUGCUGCCAUUUCGAAGCCUGACCUCCUGUCACGGAUUGAGCAAGGAGAGGAUCCCAACGCGGAGGAUCAGGAUGACUCUGAGGGAGGAGAAACCCCUACAGACCCCAGCACCGAGUUCUCCUUUCCUGGGCCUGAUGACAGCUCGUGGAGUAAAUACGAAGAGACUCUGGCUGAAAGCCACGAGGGCUCUGAAGAAGAAGAGAGCAUGGAGGUCCCUAGUACAUAUGAACAGCAGUGCGAUGAGGAAGGUCCCGAAAGCCUUGAGCUUCCUAGCUCGUUGGCAGGAAAGUGGGAAGAGGUUUUCUCAAGCCCGGAGGAAGAGAUCAAGACGAGCGGCAAGAGCCGGAGCGGAUCGACCCCGCAGCAGAGAACGGCAACGGGCAACGGGCUGAGGCGCUCCGCUCGCCGCGGGAGGGACUUGGCCAAGAAGGACGCUCCUGAGGACGUGGCCGCAGACGAGGGGCCGUACAUCUGCUGCGAGUGUGGGGAGAGCUUCCUGGACAAGCAGCUCUUCGCCACCCACCAGAAAGCGCACGCCAGCGAGGAAGCCUGCACUUCCCUGGAGCACGGAGAAAGCUUCCGGCAGAAAUCCAAAGCCACUCCUACGAAAGGCCAAGGGCCCUCCCGCUCCAAACCGUCCAAGCGCCCCGACGGGGAGAAGAGCUCUGGUUUCAAGUACGGCUUUGUCAGGCACCAGGUGAACAACAUGGUGGAGAGGCCGUACACGUGCUCCCAGUGCAAGGAGAGCUUCAGCCUGGAAGUGAGCCUUAUCUUGCACCAGAAGCUCCACACGGGGAAGGGCGACGGGCCGCUGACGUGCACCUACUGCGGGAAGGACUUCCGAGACCUCUCCAAAGCCAUCCGCCAUCAGCGCAUCCACACCGGGGAGAGGCCCUACCAGUGCACCGAGUGCGGGAAGAGCUUCAUCCGGCGGGACCACCUGCUCAAGCACUGGCGGGUCCACACCGGGGAGACCCCCUACCAGUGUCCCGUCUGCGGGAAGCACUUCCGCUACAAAGAGUCCCUGAAUUGUCACCAGAAAAUCCACUCCCGCAACCCCCGGCCCAUGGAGGAUUCGCAGCACAACCUGGAGUCGGCGACUCAAACCGGCCACUUCUGCGUGAAAAAAGAAACUAAGCACCCGUGUCGGCCGCCCCCGCCGCCGCCCCGCCGCGCCGCGCCGCCCCGGGCCCAGCCCGAUGCCCGGCGGCGGGCGGAGGUGAAGGAGCGAGCGGGCGCUGGAUCCUCCCGGCCGCGGCCCCCGGGGCCCCGGGCAGGGAACAAAGGGGCCAUGGCCGAGGGGGCUCCCGCUCAGGCGCCGGAGCCGGUGCUGCCGCCGCGCUGCCCCUCGCCCCUCGGCCCCGAGCGCACCUCGGAGCGGGAGACGCAGACGGCCGAGCUGUCCCUGACGGUGGUGACGGCCGUGCAGGCGGUGGAGAGGAAGGUGGACUCUCAUUCCACCCGCCUGCUCGACCUGGAAGGGCGGACGGGGAUGGCCGAGAAGAAGCUGAUCGACUGCGAGAAGACGGCGGCGGAGCUGGGGAACCAGCUGGAGAGCAAGUGCGCGGCGCUGGGCACCCUCAUCCAGGAGUACGGGCUGCUCCAGCGGCGCCUGGAGAACAUGGAGAACCUGCUGAAGAACAGGAACUUCUGGAUCCUGCGGCUGCCCCCGGGCAGGAAGGGGGAAGUCCCCAAGGUGCCAGUGACGUUUGACGACGUGUCUGUUUAUUUCAACGACAAGGAAUGGGAGAAGCUGGAGGAGUGGCAGAAGGAGCUGUACAAGAACGUGAUGAAGGGGAACUAUGAGUCGCUGAUCUCCCUGGACUAUGCAAUUUCCAAACCCGGUGUUUUGUCUCAGAUCGAGCAAGGAGAGGAAUCGCGGGUCAGGAACGAGCAGGACUUAGAGGAGAGCGAGAUCAUUACCGAUGCCACCGCAGCUGGUAUAAGGGUUGUGAUCAAAACGGAGGAGCUCCUUCCUGAAGACAGCCCCGAAAACCCCGAGCUGCAUGGGAUGUCGGGGCAGUCGGAGGGGAGCUUCCAGAGUCCGGACGAGGAGGCAGCCUGCGAGAGCCCCUACGGCUCCGUCUCCCCUCCGAGGGACCUCCCGGGAACCAGCCUGGGUGACUCGUCCGAAUACGUAGCUGACUUCAAUGAGAUCCAGAGAGUCAUCGUGCACCACGGGAGCUGCACAGAGGACGGGAUCGUCAUCAAGACGGAGGAGGAGGAGGAGGAGGACGACCCCGACACCCUGGAGCCGUGCGCCAUGUUCUCGGGCAGGACCGAGCCGCCGGCGUUCCCCAGCCACGAGGCCGGGCUGGGCUGUGAGGCGCAGUGCAGCUCCAAAACGCAGCCCAGGAGCCUGGCGGCCGCCCGCGUGGGGAAACCCCCCGCCUGCGAGAGGGACUCCGGGGAGAUGAAGCCGGCCAUCGCCCAGCAGCGGAACCGGACGAGGGAGAGACCCUACAUCUGCCCCGAGUGCGGGAAGAGCUUCAUGCUCAAGAUCAACUUCAUGAUCCACCAGCGCAACCACCUCAAGGAAGGGCCCUACGAGUGCCACGACUGCGACCUCAGCUUUCGCAACAAGCAGCAGUUCCUGCUGCACCAGCGCAGCCACACGCGCCGCGGCGUGGGGGUCCCCCGGCGCCCCGAGCACGGCCUGAAGCCCCAGCCGCGGCCCCCGCCUCCGGGGAAGCCCUACAAGUGCUCCGAGUGCGAGAGCAGCUUCAGCCACAAGUCGAGCCUCAGCAAACACCAGAUCACCCACGUCGGGGAGCGGCCCUUCACCUGCGGCGAGUGCCGGAGGAGCUUCCGCUUGCAGAUCAGCCUCAUCAUGCACCAGAGGAUCCACGCCGGGAAGAGCGAGAUGGCCUUCCUCUGCCCCCAGUGCGGGAAGAACUUCACCCGGCCCUCCCACCUCCUGCGGCACCAGCGGACUCACACCGGCGAGCGGCCCUACCAGUGCAGCCAGUGCGAGAAGACCUUCAGCGAGAAGUCCAAGCUCACCAACCACUACCGCAUCCACACCCGGGAGCGCCCGCACGCCUGCGCCGUCUGCGGGAAGGGUUUCAUCCGCAAGCACCACCUCCUGGAGCACCAGCGCAUCCACACGGGCGAGCGGCCCUACCACUGCACCGAGUGCGGCAAGAACUUCACCCAGAAGCACCACCUCCUGGAGCACCAGCGGGCACACACCGGCGAGCGGCCCUACCCCUGCACCGAGUGCACCAAGUGCUUCCGCUACAAGCAGUCCCUCAAGUACCACCUGAGGACGCACAUGGGAGAGUGAGGGGCUGCCGACGGCUUCCUCUCCCUCCCUCCAUCCUUCCCUCCAGCCCUCCUCCUCCUCCUCCCCUCAUCUCUCCCACCCUCCCUCCAUAUCCCACCACCCCCCCUCCACCCCACCCCCCCCCGGCUCAGGGCAUGGACAUCAAGGAAGCUUUGUGUGGUAGCGCCGCUGGUCUGGUGGAGACGGCUAGGCUGAUUGGAAAUAAAUUAAUUAAUUAAAGCAAGCAACGCGCGGCAAAAUUAAAAGAUUAUAUAUAAAUAAAAUUAACAGAAGCAGCUGAUUUAGGGGGAAUCCUCACCGUCAGAAAAAAAAAGCAAACAAACCAACAACAAAAGAAACCUGUACAGGGUGUUUUGCCGGAGUAGGACUCUUAACUGCUUUUUAAAUCUACUGUUGUUUUUUUUUAAUAAAUGUGGAGGAACUUUUUAUUUGAUAAGCAAACUUAGGAUCGCCAAGAUUUUUUUUUUUUUUUUUUUUUUUUUUUAAAAAUGCUCUGUAGGCUGAUUCUGGCACAGUCACUUUUGUCCAGGAGCUCUGCAGAGGUGCUGCCUUGUCCCAGCUUUCCGGGCUGGACGCGACAGCCGCUCGGCAGCGUGAGGUGACAAGGAGCUCCCGGCCAGGGGGAGGUGAGUAAUAAAUAGAUCCAGAUGACGAGGAAGUUCUCCGUGUGUCUAGAGUUGAAGUGCUGAUAGGUGCCUGCCCGGCGCUCGGGGCUGUGAUGCACUCAUGAAUUAUACAAUAGAAUAAAAUACUAGUAAAAAAGAACCUUUUUCUGGUAGGACCCCAUCA